AUGACGGACAACGGAGUUAAGGAGGCCGAGACCUCCAUGGCCAACCUCUUGCUUGACGAGGUCACUGGCGAAAAGGUCUCCAAGACCGAGCUGAAGAAGCGCCAGAAGCUGCGCGAGAAAGAGGCCAAGAAGAAGGAGAAGGAGGCUGCUGCUCCUCCUAAGACCCAGAAGAAGGCUUCCGCUGAGGAGGAGGAGGCUAACUUGACUCCUAACCAAUACUUCGAAAUCCGCAGCAAGAGAAUCAAUAAGCUCCGCGAAACCAAGUCGCCCGACCCUUAUCCUCACAAGUUCAACGUCACCGAUGACCUGCGUCAGUUCCUCAAGAACUACGAGGGUCUUGAGAAGGGCGAGCAGAAACCCGAGACCACUGUUCGCAUCGCCGGUAGAAUCUACACCAAGCGCAGCUCGGGCGCCAAGCUCAAUUUCUACGACAUUCGUGCGGAGGGUGUCAAGGUGCAAGUUGUGUGCCAGGGUCAGCACGCCACUGGCGACGUGCCGUUCGAGCAGCAGCACGAGCACCUCCGGAGAGGCGACAUUGUCGGUAUUGUUGGAUUCCCCGGUCGGACUAGCCCCAAGAACAGAGCCGAUGGUGAGCUUUCGAUCUUUGCGACUGAGGUCGUCCUUCUGUCGCCUUGCUUGCACGCCAUCCCCUCCGAGCACUACGGUCUGCAGGACAAGGAACAGCGUUUCCGCCAGCGUUAUCUCGACUUGAUCAUGAACGACCGCUCGCGCAAUGUUUUCGUUACCCGGUCUAAGAUUGUUAGCUACAUCCGCAACUACUUUGACACCCGCGAUUUCAUUGAGGUGGAAACUCCCAUGAUGAACGCCAUUGCUGGUGGUGCGACUGCCAAGCCCUUCGUUACUCACCAUAACGAGCUCGACAUGAACCUCUUCAUGCGUAUUGCUCCUGAGCUGUACCUGAAGAUGCUGAUUGUCGGUGGUCUUGAACGUGUGUACGAAAUGGGCCGCCAGUUCCGUAAUGAAGGCAUUGACCUUACCCACAACCCCGAGUUUACCACCUGCGAGUUCUACCAGGCCUACGCUGAUGCUUUCGACCUCAUGAACACCACCGAAGACCUCGUUUCGGGUCUCGUCAAGCACGUCACCGGCGGCUAUGAGACUACUUUCCACACCCAGAGCGGCGAGACCUACAACGUCAACUGGAAGGCGCCCUGGAGGCGCGUGGAGAUGAUCCCCGCCCUCGAGGAGGCCACUGGCGAGAAGUUCCCGCCAGGUGACCAGUUGCAUACCGCCGAGUCCAACGAGUUCCUCCAGCGCGUCCUGAAAAAGACCGGCGUCGACUGCUCGCCACCGCUAACCAACGCCCGUAUGCUCGACAAACUCGUCGGCGAGUUCAUCGAAGAGACCUGCGUCAACCCCACCUUCAUCACUGGUCACCCGCAGAUGAUGUCGCCACUGGCCAAAUACCACCGCCAGCACGCCGGUCUGUGCGAGCGUUUCGAGGCCUUCGUCUGCAAGAAGGAGAUCGUCAACGCCUACACCGAGUUGAACGAUCCCUUCGACCAGCGUCUGCGUUUCGAGGAGCAGGCCCGCCAAAAGGACCAGGGUGACGAGGAGGCUCAGCUCAUCGAUGAGAACUUCUGUACUUCCUUGGAAUACGGUCUGCCGCCCACUGGUGGCUGGGGUAUGGGUAUUGACCGUUUGGUCAUGUUCCUUACCAAUAACUACAGUAUUAAGGAGGUUCUUGCUUUCCCUUUCAUGAAGGAGGACAAGACUGCCCAGGAGGGCAAGACUGCUGCUGAGGUCGUUGGCAUUGAGCCCAAGCCGGAAGAGGGCAUUGCCCACAAAUAG